AUGGAUGCCUGGAAUAGGAUCUAUAUAAAGGGGACAGCUCACCUCGACCAUGUUCCCUUCAUCACUACAGUCAAUCCAAUCCCUCAUUCUAUACUCUCUCAUCAAUUUCCUCUUCUCCUUUUUACAACACACAACCCGUCACUCAAGCAUUAGCUGAAACCUAAAUAAAUUAUCAUACCAACCCAAGCUACAACAAGUAUCACAAAAUCCAAACAUGGCCAACAUUCGCGAUCUCAAUCAACUCCCUCCCUACUGGGAAGUCGUCGCCAGCAUGGAAGAACCCAGCUUUGCUCACCCCUUUUUCGCCGGUCUCAACCACAACCACAUGCCCCAUGGCGAACACUUUGCCGGUGCUGGAGACUUCGAUCUGCCCCAUCGCGGCCGCCAUGGCCCUCACCACCGCCGCCACCGCCGCGGAGAGCCUGUGACUGAAGACGAAGAGCCUACCCAGACCGAGACCGCCGAAGACGAUGAAUCCUCCUCUUCUUCUUCCGAUGAGGAAGACCGUGAUGAAUCCAAGAAAUGUAAGCGUCACGGUCGCCACGGCGGCUUCCACGCCAAGGGUGGAAAGGGCUGUCAUGGGCCCGGUCGCCAUGGACGCGGUCCAUGGGGGAAAUUCGACCACCCCCCUCAUCCUGGAGCAUUUGUCGCUUGGGGAGCUGACUUCCAAGGACCUCACGGUGGAUUUGGACCACAUGGCGGGUUCGGCCAUGGACCGCAUGGUCGGUUCGGCCCUUACGGGGGUCGACACAUGCGCGGUGGCUUCAAACACGGUGGUCCGGGCGGACCGCACCGUGGCUUUGGCCCAUUUGGAUUCAAGGAGUUCGGCCACCAUCAUCACCACCGCAAGCACCACAAGCGGGGCGACUUUUUCCACCCCGAAGUGGAUGUGUUCGACACCACGGAGGCCUUUAUAGUGCAUGUUUCGCUGCCCGGAGCGAAGAAGGAAGCGGUGGAAGUGAAGUGGGAUCCGAAGAAGUUCGAGUUGAAUGUCAGCGGGACGAUUGAGCGUCCUGGCGAUGAGGAGUUGUUGAAGACGUUGGCGUUGGAUGAGCGUCGCGUGGGGACUUUUGACCGCCAGGUGCGACUGGGAAGUGUAUUCCAGCCUGUGGAGAUUCAUGUUGAGGGCAUCACGGCAGAGAUGGAGAAUGGGGUGCUGAGCAUCAAGUUGCCGAAAGUGGAGACGGAUGUGGUGAUGGUGACCCGCGUGGAUGUGCAGUGAAGCGUGUCGAGGGGACACAUUAGUAGUAAUAUCUCCAUGAUGGAGUGAUAUGAUGGUAUGGGCAUCAAUUGUUUCUUUAUUCUUAUUUCUUUUUUGUUUUUUCUUCAUUUUUUAUCUCAGAUUGCUGGCGAUUGAUUUAUCGAAUUGUACUUGAAUGAAAUGAAAAAUGGGAUCUCAGAUCCCCCAAUUUCCACCAGGAUUGCAGUUGUCAGAAUUGAGCCAGAGUAGUAAAGUAG